GACCACGCCCACGUUAUUAACAGAAGAGCUCCAUUUGGCCUUUGUUAUGUUUGCACUACAAAUGUACUCUCUAUAAACGGGAGCAGGGAGUGUGUGACUGAAACAAAGGAAGCAAGCUGAAGUCAAACCAUUAGAAGCUGUGUGCAUUGGGAACUUUGUGAUUCUCUACCUUCAGUGAUGUUUAUAUGAAUGUUAUUAGUUUGAAAACUCUUUUCACACUCGCUCGGGUAAGCAAUUAGAAAUGUCGACUCCUCUUCUGCCUGCGGGUUUGCUUUGUAUGCUAUUUGAAAACUGAAGUCACAGGUGAGCGGACGACGUUAGAGUCAAGACAUGGCAACGAUUUGUGACUCGUGUAGGCAGCACCUGAAGAAUUUUAUGGAGUGGAUAGAGAGGGCUUCCGAAGAUCUCCUGGAGAAAAUAAAAGAGUUCUUCAAGAAUAUACAGUUUUGUUCCUGCCUGAAGCGGAAAAGAACAAAGUCAGACCAUCGUAACAUGCCCGUUCUGCAACAACAUGAAAAAGAGGCUGCUCAGGAGUUUUUACAACACAUUGAGGAAGCCUCAGAAAAUAAUGUGAUUGAUAUGGAAAGCUUGAAGGCUUUGCAAACACUAGCUGCUUCUGAAAAUCCAAGUCUACAACAAUCAGCUGCUCUCUACUAUUUACACAUCAGUGAGGAAUUGAAGAGUGAGUUGCCUGAAGAAUACCUGGAGCCAUAUCAUAAUUUGUUACAGUCCAGUGAUUUGGAAGUGCAAAGAAAGACAUCUCUCUCUCUGGUCAACCUCUUGGUGGAGGGUAAUGUGAACAAAGAGACAGUGGUGCAGAUUGGGCUGUUGGAACCUAUACUGGAACUGCUUGGUUCUGGAGAUGCCACUGUACAGUGCAACUCUUGUGCAAGCAUCGCAUCUUUGGCCACCUCAGCAUUCAACAGGGAAGUUAUUGCCUCUGAAGGGGGAAUUAAUCCUCUGCUGGUUCUUGCAAAGUCAUAUGAUCCUCGAGUGCAACAGAAUGCAGUGGGCGCCAUCCUCAACCUUUCAAGAUCAGAAAAGAUUCAACAUUUGCUCUGCAAAGAAAAGGCUCUCCCUGUCUUGAUCCUUCAUUUACAAUCUCCUGACUCAGAGGUCCAGUAUUACAGUUGUGCUGCAUUGAGCAACAUAGCAACCAACCCACAUCACCAUCAAUCCAUGCUUCAAAUAGGGGAUGGCAUUCUUCUCAAGAUGCUACUGUCUCUCAUGUCUUCCUCAGUGGAAAAGGUUUGCUGUCAAGCAUGCUACUGCCUCAGGAACUUGUCUCUAAAUAAAAACAUUCAAGCGGACAUUGUGACUAUGAACUGCUUGGCUCAACUGCAUGAUUUGCUGAAAUUCCCCAGUGUCAAUGUAAAUGAAGCAGCCCUGACCUUACUCAGAACUCUGGCAGACAACCACUCCAACAUGGAUGCUAUUAUGUCAGAAAAUAUCUUGAACACCUUAGGAAAGCUACUGCUAGUUCACAAAACAAAUCCUGGAAUCAGUUAUCUUGGUGCUACCAUCAUCCAUAAAUUAGCCAGAAGUGAAACUCAGCAGGCUUUUAUUGACAGUCGAUGUGCUGCAGCUCUGCUCCAGGCCCUCAGGUACUUUAGUGUCAACACUGAGACCUUGGUGCAUGUGACAGCUUGCAUUGCUGAGCUCACAAAGCAAGAACCAAUAAGAACACUAAUAAUACAAGAAUUAGAUGUGAACACAGUAGCUCAUCUACUAAUUCUCACGGCUCAGUCUGAAAAUAAUGAUCUCUCCUUCCAAGCAGCAUGUAUAAUCUGCCACCUUGGAGUACAUGAAAUGUUUACCUUGUUGUUGAGACCACAUACGAAGGAGAUUGUUGAUUACAUCUUACAUUUCCUCCAACAUCAAGAAAUUAGAUUUCAACAUCUGGGCCUUUUAACUUUACGGAAUCUAAAUAAAGAUCCUUAUUUUGUAGCAGUGUUUGAUGAAACUGAACUGACGGUGCAACUGAGAAGGGUUUGUCAGCAAACGUCUGAAACACAAGAACUGCUCCAAGCGGUUUUAUUCCACAACAACGAGGAACAGCAAAAACAUCAAAAAACCAACGAGAAUACUUGAGUUUACCAACUUUGAAGUCAGCUGGAACAUGAAGAACACAGGAAAAAGCAAAGGAACACUUUUGGACCUACGUUUACCUGAGGUUCAUUAAGUAUUGACAAUUAUGCUUGUUUUAAAAAUGGUAUUAGUAAAUUUUAAAAGUUGGUGCAUUCAUUAAGCAAUUUUGAAAUAAUAUUCAUGAGAGAGGGACUAAGUUUUUUUUCCUCCUCUCUCAUACUUUUAAUAUUUUGUAGUAGGAAGCAAGAUAAUUUAUUUACCCACAAAUAGCAAUAAUAGAAUAAGAGAUUGGGUCAAGAUGAUGGUUUCAUAAUAAUAGCGCAAUUUAGGACAGAACAUUUCAAUUCUACUCUAAUAAUACACAUAUUACUGAGUAAUAACAUAUUACUUUGCUCCAUAAACCAGGGUGUGGAUUUUAAUAGUUAUUACUGAGUUUAGUAUUAAAGGUUUGCACAAAGUUGAUGAACUGCAUAACAGGAUUAGCAUACAACAAAGCUAAUUGUAUAAACGUAGCCUUGGUCCAAAACUGUUUUCUAAACUUUUAAGCUCCUAAUUUUUUCCCCCCGUAUAAUUAUUUUUAAACUGACAUUUUUUUUAUAACUACAUAUUCUUAAGCUUCACACCAUUCUGUACCUAUUGCAAAUUUUGAAAGGAAAGCUGUAUAUUUCAGAAAAUAACUUAAAACUUAUGAUAUAAUUUCUCAAAACAGUGACAGCACAAUUCUCAUUUUAUGUAGACCAUGUUGUGUUGUGAGCUUAAAAUUAGAGCUGAAUCAGUUCUGUUCUCACCAUUGGUACUACUUGUGCAGCUGUUGACAACUGAGUGUCAGUUACACUCAGCAAUGGCCUACUCCUGCACCUAUUUUCUAUGUUUUUACAUUCCAUGACUUUGCUUUCCCUCAUAAGAUGGUGAUGAAAAGCAUGGAAGAUGCUCCAGAAAAUUACUGACCCAUCAUUUACAAAGGGUAGAAAUAGCAAGUGGUCUCAGUCAGUGUCAUUACUAAACCUGCGGCAAUAAUAUCUCAGUGCACUUAAGAGUCAAUGUUUCCAGAGAUUUACACCUUUAUUGGUGUGUUGAAAUGAUCAAUGGGAAUGGACAUGUCGCAGAAAGAUGAAUAGAUCUACAAUACUGGCUAAUAUCUGACACCAUAGGUAUAUUAGAAGUCUAUUGAAUACAAGUUGACCAAAUUAAACAAAAGGCAUGAGAAUUUAAUUUUGAAUUGAGUCUGCUUUUUUAUGAUUUACCAAUGAUACAAUAGAAUUAAUUUAAGUUGUAAAAGCUUUCACGUAAUAUUCUCCCAACUGGCAUCAUUAAAGAAACAGCAUAUGGUGUUUUCGUUUUUAUUAAGAAAUGAAAAAGAAUCUCAAACUUAAUUAGUCAAUUUGCAGCAUUCAGUAUGUAUACUUUGAACAGAUGCAAAUACCUGAUUGGCAAUAUGAUGAGCAUGAAGGGGCAUGGGUAUGAACAUUGCUGUAGAGGUAAACCUCCAGAACACAAAAAAUAUUGGGUCAAGAUAUUAAUUUUUCAAAGCAUGUUUUUAUGAAAGAAUGGAGAGCAGGGGGGAGACAAGACUGCCUUCCAUCACAGUGAGGAGGAGAUUCACUGUGAUGGAUGUUUGUGUAAAUUGUGUUGGUGUGCGUCUUGGUUCUUUUCUUGUUGUAUGACGGCAGAAACCAAAUUUCGUUUGAACUUCGUUUGAGGUUCAAAUGACAAUAAACGAUACUAUGUUGUGUUAAAACAAUAAUUCUGAUGUGAUUAUGUUCUUUGCCUAAUUACUGAUUAAAAUAUGAAAAUUACUUUUUAGUAGGUGGUAUUGCUUUGCACAACAAGUGAUACUACAACCAUUGAUAUUAUAGCCAUUUGCUUGUCAAUGUUCUGGAAAGGGAAACAAUGGAUAAAGUCUAGUUUAUCGAUUCUACUGCUCAAAGUAUGCUGCCAUGGAAAAUACAAGGGCUUACAAGCAGGGAAUAUCAUGCAGCAACAUGAAAAUACAGUGAAGACACAAAAUGACUGAAUGUGAACUGAUAUUUGUGUGCAUCUUUCAGCAUAUGUGUAUUAUAAAAACCCACAAUGAACACAA